CGUUCUAGUCAUCUCGGCCCCGGCGGCUGUACAGGCACCAGAGGGACUCGGGCUCCAGCCGCCGCCGCCUGUACGGCCCGCCAUGGGCUCCUGAGGUUCACUUCCCAUUCCUGGGCUUCCCUGAGGGAAGCUGUGGCCAGGAAGCACCAUGAUGGUGACGCAGGCCGCGCUGGCCCCCGAGCCGGCCUCCCCCCCGACCACCGCAGCGCCCCCCAGCUUCUCCUGGAUCCCGGAAGGCAGCCCGACCGCGAUGGAGCAGCCCAUCUUCCUGAUGACCACCGCGGCCCAGGCCAUCUCCGGCUUCUUUGUGUGGACGGCCCUGCUCAUCACUGGCCAUCAGAUCUACAGACACCUGCGCUGCUACAGCUGCCCCAACGAGCAGCGCUACAUCGUCCGCAUCCUCUUCAUUGUGCCCAUCUACGCCUUCGACUCCUGGCUCAGCCUGCUCUUCCUCACCAAUGACCAGUACUACGUGUACUUUGGCACCGUGCGCGACUGCUACGAGGCUUUUGUCAUCUACAACUUUCUGAGCCUCUGCUAUGAAUACCUUGGAGGAGAGAGUGCCAUUAUGUCGGAGAUCCGAGGGAAGUCCAUCGAGUCGAGCUGUAUGUAUGGUACCUGCUGCCUCUGGGGGAGGACGUACUCUAUUGGCUUCCUCAGGUUCUGCAAACAGGCCACCCUGCAGUUCUGUGUGGUGAAGCCCCUCAUGGCCAUUAGCACGGUGAUCCUCCAAGCCUUCGGGAAGUACCGCGACGGUGACUUUGACGUCACCAGCGGCUACCUCUACGUGACAAUCAUCUACAACAUCUCGGUCAGCCUGGCCCUCUAUGCCCUCUUCCUUUUCUACUUUGCCACCCGCGAGCUGCUCAGCCCCUACAGCCCCGUCCUCAAAUUCUUCAUGGUCAAGUCUGUCAUCUUUCUCUCCUUCUGGCAAGGUAUGCUUCUGGCCAUCCUGGAGAAGUGCGGGGCCAUCCCCAAGAUCCACUCCGCCGAGGUGUCGGUGGGGGAGGGCACCGUGGCUGCCGGCUACCAGGACUUCAUCAUCUGUGUGGAGAUGUUCUUUGCCUCCCUGGCGCUGCGCCACGCCUUCACCUACCAGGUCUAUGCUGACAAAAGGCUCAAUGCCCAAGGCCGCUGCGCGCCCAUGAAGAGCAUCUCCAGCAGCCUCAAGGAGACCAUGAACCCCCACGACAUCGUGCAGGACGCCAUCCAUAACUUCUCCCCGGCCUACCAGCAGUACACGCAGCAGUCGACGCUGGAGCACGGCCCCUCCUGGAGGAACGGUGCCCACGUGCUGGCCCGCUCCCACAGCCUUGGUGGCGGAGGCGGCCGCGACAAUGAAAAGACCCUUCUGCUGAGCUCCGACGAUGAAUUCUAGGCCGGUGGGAUGAGGACUGGGCCACCUGAGGAGCCCCCCGCCCUCCCCGAGGCGAGGGGGACGUUGAAAUUGUCUAGCAUAGCCUUGGAAUCUUCCUUUAAUUUAUUAAACCAGAAACACUCAAGUCAUAUCACUUCUCCAUGGUAGGAGGGGGCCGCCCAGACCGGAACAGGCCCGACGAGCCGGGUGGUGCCCUGGCUACCUGGGAGAGAGCAGAAGGAGUGCAUGGCAUGGGAGGGCCCGACCCACCCACGCCUUGGGAGGGCAUAGGGCACAGUGGCCCCCGUGAUGUGUGUCUGAGCUGGAAGAAUUGGGGGGUGGUUGCCGCAAACCACUCCCACCUUCUCCCCCAACCCCCACACUCUGUCUCCUUUAGAGCUGGUGCCAAGCCAGGCCCCCAAGCCCAGGGAUAGGACCAGGUGCAGCCCCCACUCCCCACCUAAUUGUGCAAUACUUCCCUCCCUCCUCAUUCCUUUGUUCCUGGUAUCUCAGCCUUGCUCUAGACAGAGAAAUUGGAUGGAACCUGGACACUCCCGCCUCCCCCCAAGAAGUAGGUCCAUUCCUCACAGCAUUGACAUGCCAGGCAGAAUCGCUGCCUCCGGCCCACGGCACCCCUCCCAGGGUACUGUUGGGCUACUCCCUGCUGCCAGCUUCUCAUGGAAACCAGGGCCACACAGCCCCAGUCGCCUCCAAAGACCCCUGAUUUCCUCUGGGAGAAUAAUGCCUCAGGGCAGGGGUGCUAAUCCAGUGUGUAGGCCUCAGGGCUGGUUAUCGGGCAUCUCAGACUGGUUUCUCUAGGACCCUGAAAGCCAGCCCCCCAAAUGCGUGGAGAGAGGGGAGCAAAGAAAACAUGAGGGUAGAAGGGGGAGGGGAGGGAAGCCCACCCCCCUCCCAUCUUCUCGCCUGGCAGGGCUCUUGGAGCCCCCCCCCAAGCCUUCUCUUGUGUGCCUUAGUUUCACGGCAGUCCUUUCCCCUGCCCUCCCUUUCAGGCAUCAUUCACCUUGUCCCAGGCCCUUGCUGAGAGCCAGCUGCUACCUUUGCCACCAGGCUCACCUGGCUCUGAGGCCUGGGGGGGGGCCCUCAGCAGGUGUCAGAAUGCCCCCCAUCGUCACCUCUCCUGCCACCCUCACCUCCCCCAGGCCUGCCUUGAGGCCUCUUCCUAGAUGAGGAGGCAGGAAUGGGCAGUAAAGGCUGAAUGAGCAGAUCUUCUCUUGUAAUUAGUAAAUCAGUUCUGAAAUGCAUGAAACAUCCACCUCUGGCCAUCCCCUGGCCUUGUGGGGAGAGGGCUGUCGGGAGCCCCCAGUUAGAUGCACCUUCCUCCCCACCUUCAGGAGGGAAGGCUCCUGAUUUAAGGGCCUCUCCUGUGGUCAGACAAGGGGACAAAGGCUUAUUGACUGAUGUCUUCCUUGUCCAUUGAGCGAAAGGCAGGAGAGGAUGGCAUGGCACGGGGUGGGAGAUCCCAGCCUUGUGAUCCUGGCGGUGAUAGAGAAAUGAGCUCCCUUCACUAUCCCCCAGUGGAGCUGGGCUUCCCCGCCCCCCCACAUCAGUGUGGGCUUUAGGCACUGCUCGCAUCAAGAAGGCCAGGCCCAGCUCUCCCCAGCCACAGGACACCGUGCCCUCUCCCUCCUCUAGCCUUUCAGGCCAAAGUAGCGGUUGCUGCCCCUGCCCAUGAAGGCCUUUGCCAGAGCCCUGCUGGGGCAGCAGGUUGGGGGGUCUCCUCCCUCCUGCUCUUUUUAUGUGUGACUUAACCUCCCACACCCUUUUUGUAUGAUUAUUAUUUUCAGGUAGCAUAGCUCUUUGUAUAUAAAGAAGACUUGAAGCCUUCCUUGUAUGAUCUGUGAGAAGUCAGAGUCAGCUAGUUUUGUACAUCAGGUCGGAGUGCCGCGGCUCCCCCAGAAACAGCCCUCUAUUUUGGUCUCUGUGAUAUUUUAAAGGCGCCGGGACAGGAGCAAGCAGAUAAGCUGCGAGAUUAUAUAUAUAUCUAUCUAUAUAUAUAUAUAUAUAUGAGAUAAUAUAGAUUGUACUGAAA